CUUCACAUAGUUCCGUAGCCACUUCCGCUCGCGAGCACCUUUGUCUUACUUUCUGCUUACUUCCAUCACGAGUUGCAUUGCACCUUUGUUGUCUUUUAACAUCGAAUUCUUUCUUAUUACGGGGUGUGGGUUCCACCCCCCUUGACGAUGGCAAGCAGCCUGGAGCAUGCGUCAAGUACCAUCGACGAACUGACUCAGGCGUUGGCCAAUUUCUCGAGACUACCUUCUCCCGAGCCUCUUUCCAGCCUAAACUGCUGUUGUAAACGGGAAGAUUGUGAGAAUUUAGGGGCAUGGCAUGCAUUGAAAGGGAGGCUAGAGAGCAGACUGACACUCAGUGCUGAAAUCGGGCAGGCCUUGUUGCAUCGCAGUGGAAUCUUUUCGAGAAGACAUCAUCAGGCUUUUCUCAAUGGCAACAGUGAGAAGAACAUUGAGGAAGAUUACGCCUCUGGAGAAGAAAGCGAAUCCACAGAUAGUGAAUUUCAGCUUUUACAGCUUACGAAUGAGAAACGAGAAUUGGAAAGACGCCUUACCCAAGCUCUAGUCAAUACUGAAGUGACCGAAGUAUCAAACAAGACUAUAUUGCAAGAACUACAAGAAGCGAAGCUCACGAUAUCGCGCCUUUCGUCGCAUCGUGCUCGUUCAGUAGGAUGGGAAACUCGACUUUCUGCGGCUACGAGAGAAAGGGAUGAUAUGCAACAAGAACGGGAUUUUGAGUCGCACAGAGCGAGAUUGGCAGAAUCACGUUUUGCUGCUCUGAAGGAGAGGACAUCCAAGUUACAGGCCGAAGUACGCAGGCUGCAGGAUGAGCUACAAGAGAAACGUAUGCAUAGGAUGGAAUCAUCCGAAUCGAUAAUACAAGAGGCUCGUUCCCAAAUACAGAUGCUUCACCAAUCGCUUGGAAACUCAUUUACCCCCGACACGGAUGACUUAACUCAAAUGCUGGAGUCGCUAGUGGACGAUAACGAAGCUCUGAAACGGGACAACGUAGAACUACAGACUCUUCUUGCACAAUCCCGUGACGAUACUUCUGCCUUGCAACAGGAAGUGGAAGAGCAGCGCGCACUCAACGCUCCUCGAUCACGAGCUAUUGCUCCGCUGUCUCCUCAUCUUAGGCAUGCUCACUCCGGGAGUGUGUCAUCAUCGUUGCAACUGGCCCCCAUACUAUCUAGGCGGGAACCUAGCUUAGAGCGCAAGACGCAACGAUCUUUUGAGCCGUUGACACCAGAAACUGUAACAACUCCCAUUUCGCCAGCCGAAUCUACUUUCCCCUCUCGUUCUCGACAACUAUCCCCUUAUCUGGUUGAGAGUCAAGACGCAGACAUUGAAUUCACAUCAGCUGAGAGGCCACGUACUCAUAAGCCUUUAUACCUCCUCGCCCGUUCGCGGGGCGUACAAACUGAUCCGUCACCCGUUCUCCUUGCUCCCUCGCCGGCCCCAACCUCUUCCUAUCAUGAUCUUCGAUCAGAAUCGUCGUCUUCCUACUCCGAAUCGUACUCCUCCACCAUGUCUACCUUGGUCGAUCGUAUCGGUUCACUUCUGCAGCGGAUGACCGAAGCAGAUGCAUUAACUCUAACCAAUCGCUUAAAACGACAACAUCUGCGCGGUGCUGAUGUCGGCCACGUGUCACGUAGUACUAUCAGCAAUAUUGUCAACGAAGUGAGUGGCUUACGGGCUCAGUUUCGUUAUCUUCUUGAAGAUGAGAAACUGGUGACAAUAUGCACAAGGAAGGAUCUGAGAGCUAUUUUCAAGCUCUUCAGAGAUAUCUUUGUCGAGAUGGGCCAAAUACGUGUGACGCUCAACGAUAUCGUUCUCGACCCUUCUAUCGCUCCGAAAGUCAGCGAACUGGCAUUAGACCCUAAGAAAGAGACUGAUAAAGCCUCUUCAGAAACAACAACCGGGAUUGCGGGGGGCUGGAUAGCUCCUAUCUCAAAACUCUUCGGUACUCCUGCUGCUAGGGUUGACUCACAGAGUGCUACGCCUGUUUCUGGGUGCCUUAUGCGUACUCCUAGCACAAAGGGAAAUGCCCGUCCUCGUUUCGUACCUAAACUUGGACCUGCGACCUCCGCUUCGACUACCACUGUCAAUGUAGAGUUUUCUGGUGCCGUGGGUCGUGCUGUUACCAGUACUUCAUUAGGCGAAUCUUCGCAUGAAGAUAAUGGUACUGUGAAAAAGGCGACGCCUGCACUAUCCAUUACCCCCGCUUCGACAAACGUGAUGGGAAUCUUCGCAGGAGCUCCGAGACCCUCCGCACCCGAUCGGGACCCUUGGGUUGUUCUACCUAAACAGCCUCGUCGAGUACAAUCCGUAAUCCGCCCAGCUGAGAUGCUAUCACCGGCCAAUAUACAUCGUGUGGACGGGCUUUACGCGAACUCUGUGAGCAGCCAGGGUCGUCGCCUGUCGCGCAAUGUCGAUGCAAUUAUUGACACAGGUCAACAUCUCGCACCACAUUUGGCGGAGGAUGAAGCAUCGGAUCGCGUUGCGCCACUCCUUCAACGAACUCUUCGCCGUCGAGGUCUUUCGGACUCGUCCAUCCACACUUCAUUCGUAGCUGAUCAAGGGGAUACGUCCAUGAACAGCAAUACCACCAUGUUGUCGAAUGUAUCGACUUCAGGAGGCUCUGUCUUUCAGGCACUGAGCAAGAGAGUUCAGAAUUUCAGAAUGGGUGUCUCUGCAAUGCCAAGUUCGUCUUUCAAGGAACCUUCCCCGAUGACGGGCCGGCGUGGGGCUGUUGCGGAAAGAGAAUUAGGUGGGAGAACCGUACCAGGCCUGAGUUUUAUCACAUCCUGGGCGUCCUCUGGACAUGUUCUAGAUCCAACACUAGAACCUCAGCGGUCCCUUCUGGUAGGGAGUCCACCGAGGGAUGAUUUGCUGGAGGGCACGUUCGGAUCAAGGCGGGGAGAGGACGUUUAUUACUAGAUUCUGUUCACUUUCAAUCGAUUUCUGUAAUUUAAACUUAGGAACAUAAUUCGGAGCGUUCGCAAAUCGCGUGUU